CUUGUCUCCGGGAACAGACCCGCCCCGCGGCGCCGUCGCUCGCGUUAGAAGAAGCGGAAGAAGAUGGCGCUCACCAGCUUUUUACCUGCACCUACGCAGCUCUCUCAGGACCAGCUUGAGGCUGAAGAGAAGGCAAGAUCCCAGAGAUCGAGACAGACCUCGCUGGUGUCGUCUCGGAGAGAACCGCCCCCGUACGGAUACCGGAAAGGCUGGAUACCUCGGCUCUUAGAGGAUUUUGGAGAUGGAGGUGCUUUUCCAGAGAUCCAUGUGGCUCAAUAUCCACUGGAUAUGGGACGCAAGAAAAAAAUGUCAAAUGCACUGGCCAUUCAGGUAGAUCCUGAAGGAAAAAUUAAAUAUGAUGCGAUUGCUCGACAAGGACAGUCAAAAGACAAGGUCAUUUACAGCAAGUACUCUGACCUGGUUCCGAAGGAGGUUAUGAAUGCCGACGAUCCCGACCUGCAACGGCCCGACGAAGAAGCCAUCAAGGAGAUAACAGAAAAGACACGAGUAGCCUUGGAAAAGUCCGUAUCACAGAAGGUUGCUGCAGCCAUGCCGGUUCGAGCUGCGGAUAAACUGGCCCCUGCCCAGUAUAUCCGAUACACACCAUCUCAGCAAGGUGUGGCUUUCAACUCUGGAGCCAAACAGAGGGUGAUUCGGAUGGUAGAAAUGCAGAAGGAUCCAAUGGAACCUCCGAGGUUCAAGAUUAAUAAGAAAAUCCCCCGGGGACCACCUUCUCCUCCUGCUCCUGUCAUGCAUUCUCCUAGCCGAAAGAUGACUGUAAAGGAACAACAAGAGUGGAAGAUUCCUCCUUGUAUUUCCAAUUGGAAAAAUGCCAAGGGUUAUACAAUUCCAUUGGACAAACGUCUGGCUGCUGAUGGGCGAGGUCUGCAGACAGUACACAUCAACGAAAAUUUUGCAAAAUUGGCUGAAGCCCUCUACAUUGCUGAUCGGAAGGCUCGUGAAGCUGUGGAGACACGUGCUCAAGUAGAGAGAAAGAUGGCACAAAAAGAAAAGGAGAAGCAUGAAGAAAAACUAAGAGAGAUGGCCCAGAAAGCCAGGGAGAGGAGAGCUGGGAUCAAAACCCAUGUGGAAAAAGAGGAUGGGGAGGCACGUGAGCGGGAUGAAAUCCGGCACGACAGACGAAAGGAGAGGCAGCACGACCGCAACCUGUCCAGAGCAGCUCCCGACAAGAGGUCAAAACUACAGAGAAAUGAAAAUCGGGACAUCAGUGAGGUCAUUGCUCUUGGUGUGCCCAAUCCUCGGACUUCCAACGAAGUUCAAUAUGACCAAAGACUCUUCAACCAAUCCAAGGGUAUGGACAGUGGAUUUGCAGGUGGAGAAGAUGAAAUUUACAACGUUUAUGAUCAGGCCUGGAGAGGCGGUAAAGAUAUGGCCCAGAGUAUUUACAGGCCCAGUAAGAAUCUGGACAAGGACAUGUAUGGUGAUGACCUAGAAUCGAAAAUAAAGACCAACAGAUUUGUUCCCGACAAGGAGUUUUCUGGUUCAGACCGUAGGCAGAGAGGCCGAGAAGGACCAGUUCAAUUUGAGGAAGAUCCUUUUGGUUUGGACAAGUUUUUGGAAGAGGCCAAACAGCACGGUGGCUCCAAAAGACCUUCAGAUAGCAGCCGCCCCAAGGAGCACGAAUAUGAAAGCAAGAAGAGGAGAAAGGAGUAGAAGGCUGCCUCUCCUCAGAGAAUGUGAACUGUUAUCCAUAGCCCUAACAAUGCAGGUCACAUGGGGAACACUUUGUAAAUGGUCAGGAUAAAACCAAAUCCAUGGGCCAGACCCCUGUGCUACUUUGUACUACGAGAGGCGGGAUUGGAAUUCUACUUUGAAUUAGAUUUUUUUAAAGAGUGGGGUCUGUUUCUGCGUCUCCCACCUUUCGGCACUUACAGAACAUACUUCCCUACACACAAAAUUAAGGCUACUUCCCAUUUCCUUUUGUGUGAUGCCAAUAGUUUGGGGCUAAUAUCUGUAUAAGUGCAACUGCUUAGGAACAAGGUUUCCCCAACCUCAAUGAGUUCACAUAUUGGAACUGCCCUGCCGAAUGAAUUCUGCCCCUGUUGAGUUCAUUUUGGAAUAGGGAAAGUAAAGUCUUGUCUAGUGCAGCUAUCUGUUUCAAAUAAAAACAUUUAGACAAAA